CGCAGCAGCAGCAGCAGCACUGAUGGCCUCCAGAAGAUUGAGGGCAUUCAAGAGGUGGAUGAAAUCCCAAGGAAUCGAAUGCAGCGAUGCGCUCGAGCUUUUGGACAGUCCUGAAGAAGGGAUUUCUGUGAGAGCUCUUUGUGAUCUGAAGAAAGGAGAUGUAGUGGCAAAAAUACCAAAGAAAGCUUGUCUCACAAUCAAAACAAGUGGGGCAUGUGAGAUGAUUGAAUCCGCUCGUUUGGAUGGUUGUUUGGGCCUGUCUGUCGCUUUGAUGUACGAAAGGAGCUUAGGUGAAGCCUCCUCUUGGGCUGGUUACCUUCAGCUAUUACCUCAUCAAGAGUCCUUGCCCUUUCUUUGGUCUGUUGAUGAAGUGGAUUCUCUUCUACGUGGCACUGAGCUUCACAAGACAGUUAAAGAAGAUAAGGCUCUUAUUUAUGAGGAUUGGAAAGAGAGCAUUCUGCCUCUCAUGGAUGCACCUCUAAAGGUCAAUAAAUGCUUUUUUGGCGUAGAAGAAUAUUUUGCUGCAAAAAGUCUUGUUGCUUCUCGAUCUUUUGAAGUAGAUGAGUACCAUGGGUUUGGUAUGGUUCCUCUGGCAGAUUUGUAAGUAAUCUCUACU